AUGUGGAGGCUGAAGGUGUCGGAGGGUGGCGGGCCGUGGUUGCGGUCGGUGAACAACUUCCUUGGCAGGGCAGUGUGGGAGUUCGACCCCGACCACGGCACACCGGAGGAGCGUGCCAAGGUUGAUAGAGUCCGCCGGGAGUUCACCCAGCGCCGCUUCCAGAAGAGGGAGUCACAGGAUCUUCUUAUGCGCAUGCAGAUCUAG